UGCGCUUAAAAGAGUGGGACGGUAUGUGAGGAAUUUAAGGCAUUGGGCGCGCGGGGGCGCGGCCGCCCGCCCUGAGUCGAGCCACACCGGGCGACACCGCGCCAGUCGGCUUCGCGGCCUGCGAGCGGUGGCGCGCGAUCUCGAGCUCCCACACUUCGCGACACUCCACCGCUCGACUCUUGUAAACACUUCGCGUCGCGUCCGCGAUCCUAUUCAACCCGAGAACCUACUACGCCAGGCUCCUCUAGACAACUUUAAAUUUCUGAUUCGAACUUAACAUUUAAACAGUGAGUGUGAACAAGUCUUGGUCAGUAUUGGAGUGGUGCAGCGCCAUGUGUGGUGAUCACCAUGCGGCCGCCGCUGCCGGCUAACCGCUGGCCUCGCUUCAAACAAACCCCACGUGUUUUGAGGUGGUGAUUGCGCAUUGCGGCGGGGUGCGAGCGAGGGCGGCGGGGCGGGCCCGCGACAUGUGGAGCGCGCGCGCAGCCCGCCCCGGCCGCCAUGCAGCGCCUGCGCACCACCUUCAAAAGAUCACGAACGCCCACGCCCGCAGACAUGAAGACGCAGAGUAGCCUCGAGGUGCCCAAGCAGGUCCGGUCGGCGUCUUUCGAUGAGAUCCAGCUAGAGGCCGUGCGCAGCUCAGGUGCUAGUGUACUACUAUCCGUACCGCAGCCCGGAGCGCGCAGCCGGUCCUUCGACUCGGCCGGAUCUGACGACUCCGGCACCUAUCUUGAGGUACCUCGAUUAUGGUCUCGAAGGCGAUCUGGGAAAGGAACUCCGCCACCAUGCGUGCACUGUCGCCACAUGGAGACGUGGCUGGCGCGGCGCAGCGAGGAGCGCGUCACUCCCGAGCGCGCCAUCGCGUCCUCCUCCGCAGAGGACGACGACGAAGAGGACGAGAGCGAAUUAGACAUCCCGCAGGUGCUGUUGGCCCCGCCCCCUCCGCCACGAACAUUCUUACCACCACCGGUGCAUUCCCCGCCGCCGACCCCGGGAGCACCAUCCUUCGAACUACAACCGCCUGUAGAUGAACCUCCCAUACUUCCUCAAAGACGCCGUUCCAUCUCAAGACAAGAAGCCUUCUUUGUGGAACCCACGGGAAGUUCACUCGAGAACGUUCGAGCGUCGGAAGAGGAAGCGGCGAUAGCUGCGAAAGACUCCCUCGUCCAUGACAUAUACUUGGCCGUACCUGAACUAAAACGUGAUCGCGCUGCGUCUGUGGAUUCGAGUUUCUCUAAAGUAUCUGGUGGUAGAGCCGAAGAAUUAAACGGCACCGGGAACUCUCUUACUGUUCCUGGAUCAGGACUCAGAUCGAGAUCAGUGGAUAUAGUGUUACCAACAGCAGAGCAAUCAAGAUAUAAAGCUUUAGCGCUAACAUCUGUGCAAGUUACGACGUCUUCAAAUCAGCAGAAGCAGGAAGAAUCAGUGCCUCAAUCAGUCCCGUCUGCAGAAUCAAGACGCAGUGGGGAUGGGAGCGGCGGCGGCGCGCGCGUACUCCGCUCGACUCCUGACUGGAGUGACAGCGCUAUCAGCGGCGAACAUCUCUGGUCUCCAACGUCCGUGUCCGGCGACUGCUGCUAUGUCGGUGAUGCUGAGUGCCAGAAACAUGGUUCUCGCAUGAAGUGUUCGGCUUGCAAGAUCGUCGCGCACCAAGCAUGUAUAGAUAUUCUGAUGGACCGCGUGCAGUUCACGUGCAAGCCGACGUUCCGGGACGUGGGCGUGCGGCAGUACCGCGAGCAGACCAUCACGCACCACCACUGGGUCCACCGCCGCUCAGAGAAGGGCAAGUGCAAGGCCUGCGGUAAGUCAUUCCGGCGCGGCUGCUGUCGGUGGUGCAUUACGUCACAGGACACGUUAGACAAGCCUGUAGAAGUAGACAAUGGUGAAGUUAAUUCGCUGCAGGCUAAAUUGUCGUUUAGCUCGAAAGAAAUUGUUGCCUUGACAUGUUCGUGGUGCAAAGAUGCGUACCAUAACAAAGAGAGUUGUUUCAAUCUUCAACGAAUAGGAGAGGAGUGCGCAUUAGGAUCGCAGUCCACCAUAAUAGUACCGCCGUCAUGGAUCGUCAAAUUACCAAGAAGGGGUAGCUUUAAGUCGUCACUAAGAAAAUCGCCUAAGAAAAAAAAUGCUUCCAAGAAGAAAGGGAAAGACUCGAAGAAUGAACAGAAAACAUUUGUGAUAAAGCCUAUUCCUACGGCGAGCGUGAAACCAGUGUUAGUGUUUAUAAACCCGAAGAGCGGUGGCAACCAGGGCGCCAAACUGCUGCAGAAGUUCCAGUGGCUCCUCAAUCCAAGACAAGUGUUCGAUCUCACACAAGGAGGACCUGGACCUGGGUUGGAGCUGUUCCGCAAGGUGCCAAACCUGCGCGUGUUGGCGUGCGGCGGCGACGGCACCGUGGGCUGGGUGCUCAGCGUGCUCGACCGCAUCGGGUCCCGUCCGGCUGUGGGCGUGCUGCCUCUUGGUACCGGCAAUGAUCUGGCACGAGCGCUGGGCUGGGGUGGCGGUUAUGAGGACGAGCCAAUAUCGAAGAUCUUAGCGAACAUCGGCGAGAGUGACACAGUGUUACUGGACCGGUGGGAGCUGAGCGUGGAGCCCAACACGGCGGCUGCCGGCGAGGACACCAGCAAUGCGAAACCAGAGCUGCCCCUCAACGUAGUCAACAACUACUUCUCGUUUGGUGUCGAUGCACACAUAGCCUUGGAGUUCCACGAAGCUCGGGAAGCACACCCCGAAAAAUUCAACUCCCGAAUAAGGAACAAGCUGUUCUACGGAACCGCCGGAGGUAAAGAUCUCAUGCAGCGCAAGUGGAAGGGCCUGGCGGAGUUCGUGACCAUGGAGUGCGACGGCAAGGACCUCACGCCCGUGCUCAGGGAGCACAAAGUACACGCCAUCGUCUUCUUAAACAUUCCAAGUUACGGGGGUGGGACUCACCCUUGGAACAAGUCAGGGGGCGCCUUUGAGCCGUCCACUGAAGAUGGAUUAAUAGAAGUAGUCGGAUUAACCACUUAUCAAUUGCCAUUGCUACAAGCGGGCGGGCAUGGCACCUGCAUAACUCAAUGCAAGACUGCCAAAAUCGUGACCACGAAGGUGAUCCCGAUGCAAGUGGACGGCGAGGCGUGCAGGCUCGCACCCUCGGUCAUCACGCUCUCUAGACUGAACCAAGCUACUAUGCUAGCCAAAAAGAAGCCGGGACGAACAAUAGCACCACAAACAACGUUGGAUAAACUAACAAUCACUGUGAAUCUCAUAACGAUGGCUGAUUACGAAAGGCAUCAUUACGACAAGGAACUCCUGGCGAAGACAGCGGAACGUGUCGGCUCUUUAGACGUGAACCCCGCUGCCGACCUGGAGCAAAUGCGCGGCCUCAUUCAAGGCGUCAUCAAAGAAUCUCAAGCCUACUCUAACCUCACCGACUGGUGGUUUGUCGACUCGGUGACAGCAGAACGGUUCUUCCGGAUCGACAAGGCUCAGGAGAACCUACACUAUCCAGCUGAUAUCGGACACGAGAACAUUUACAUCCUGGACGCGGCGCCCCACACUCCUGACACGGAGUCCACGGCUCACCCCGACACUACUGCCACCGGCUCUCUGGAGCGCACGGCGGCUUCAGUGUCACUGGACACCACCACUGGACUGUCAGUGUCGCUGGAUAUCUCGCAGAGUGUCGACACGCCGAGCGCGGCUGUCUCACUCGAUGUGCCCGAGUCCCAUCCCUGUGAAUCGGGCCUGGGAAGUCCAGCAAGAUCGUCAGAGGAACUGCUCUCACCACAAACGCCACCACCAAGCGCGCCGCCCGUUGCUCCAUCAACACCAGUCGCCGUCAGCCCGCCGUCACCACCAGCGCCAGCCCCAGCUCCCGUUAUUCCCCCAGCACCACUAAGUCCCGCUCCUGCGCCCCUUGCCCCUAUAUCACCCCCACUCUGUACCAGUCCACCAGCAAAAGACCAUGAACCCACCACCGACUCAAUAGCACGGUUUAAAACAAAUUUAUUGGAAAAAACAUCUGACGCUCUGCUCAAAGCGGCCAAAGUCGGCGAUCUGAGAAUGAUGAAAGACUUGCACGCUGCGGGUUACUCCCUACUGUCUAUUGACGCGAGUGGGCAGACAGCGCUGCACGUUGCCGCUCGGUAUGGGAACAAGGAGAUAGUGAAGUACCUGAUCGCGUGCGCGCCGACAUCGAUACUGAACAUGCGGGAUAACGAGCGCGGUCAGACGGCCUUGCAUAAAGCUGCUGCUCAUAAGAGACGGGCUAUCUGCUGCAUGCUGGUGGCGGGCGGGGCCUCCCUCACGCGACACGACCACGCGGGCCUGACGCCGCGACACCUUGCCCUGCGAGCUGAAGACCAUGACCUCGCCGCUUAUUUAGAAAGUCAGGAACACUUCCAAUUGGUCUCUGAAGAUUUAGAAACGGCAGUUUAAUAACGACAGAUGGGCCAUGUUGCACGAGGUAUGGGCAGGUUACCAGCUCGCUCGCACUACUGAACUAUAGUGAUAGUGAUAAAGUGACUUUCGAAUAUUGUUACAUUAUACACACCGAAGUGAUAUUCAAGAUCUUGUGUAGGAUAGUCAACGUUUCACUUUUAAAAUAAUAUUAUUGAAAGAGUUUAUAAUAUUAAUUAAUAAUUAUAUUUUCGUCGAAAAUUAAUAGAAUAAUUAUUUAAUUCAAUAAGGCACUGUAAAUGUUACAGAUAAUACAAUUUUAGCAUACACUACAUAAUUAUAUACACUUACAAUGAUAAUAUGAUAACGCUUUUAAAAAUUACUCCAUUUUGAUAAUUCAAAUUUUGUCUCCCUUCAUUAUUUUAACUGUAACAUUUAUAGUUAGAAUAAAUUAUGAAUUUAGAAUAAACACUUGUAAGGUGAAUCUUUUCGCAUUUGUUUUAAUUUCUCUCUUUCCUAUGAUAAGGAGUGAGUGUUUUCAUGAACUAUGAAAUUGCUCUGAAGUAAAGUGUGUGCCUUUCCCGUGUGUUGUAUAUAAAAGCAGACAAUGGAAUGUAUCCCGCACUCCGAUGUGAAUACAAAGAUGAAAAGUUGAAAUGUGAGACGCGCAUACAAUAUGCCAGCUUUCACAAAUAAUUAAUCAUGCUCUCCUGGAUGCCUGGCUACAGUUCUUAAAGAUAACGUCGCUCUCCACCAUGUAUCUAGCUGUCUCGCUCUUACGAAUGUAAGUCAUAAUUCAAGACAUAGUGAUAGGCGUUCUAUAUUCCCUUUUCACAUUACUGAAGAAUCCCAAUCUCCACGCAACAUAUGUCUGACUCAAAUUGGUCGAGGCAAUUAUAAUAUAUUCAUUUCUUAACAAUAUUAUUUGAAAAGGUUAAUUCGAUACACAUGUAUGAAGUCUGUUAUGAUAACUUGUCAGCGUUGUAAGCUCAACAUAAUAAAAUAACACCCAGGGAUACAUUCGCAGUGUCGACCUUUUGUGUUCUGUCAAAAGAACCUUCCUAAGCACUCGUAUAUUUUAGAAUAAAUUUUACAUCGCUUUACAGACGAUUCGCCUUCCAGAUUUCCUUCUAAAUUACUUCAAUUAUGAAUCCAUGGGACCCUAACUUACUCUAACUCUUACUCUACGGAAUGAUAAGUCUUGUCUUGUGAUAAUUAAACUUCCUAUGCGAUUUAUUCAUCUUAUGAACCUCUGAGGACCUUUAAGAGUACAGUUGUGAUAGUACAAUGUUCUUAUAUUGUGUUGUGUUGCCAGUCAUUUAUUUAUUUCACCAUUUUACAUAAUAUCGCUUACUUGUUUUGAUAAAGCUGUUUACUCCACGAUUAGGCCUAAAUACUUAUAAAUAUUGUUAUGUAUUAUAUUGUUUUUGAUGCAAUAUUUCUCGUAUAAGUGUUCUAAUAUUCUUAUAUAGUCUUCGGCAAUAAUAAUUUAACGUCUAAGGCAAAAUUUUGUAUCGCUGAGUUUUACGAGACCGAUAUGAUCGGUUUCGUAUUUAUUAUGAUCUCAGUAUUUGUAUGUCCGUACUACGGUGUAAUGUUAAUUUCUGUAUGUCAUAAUAAUGAGCGCGGUUAUCUGUACAUUGUAAUAUAGUUUGACUUGUUUGUUAUCUCAUAAUACGUUAGUGUAAAGUUUAGUGCACGUGGGGCCGCCUGCCAGCCCUGGGCGGCCGCGGCCGGCGGGCCUCGAGUCCAAUUGUUAUUUAUUAUAUCUCGUGACUAUCUCCUGAAUGAUUUGUGCGUUUGUACGAGUUUGGAUCGCUAAGUGUUGUUUAUGUCUAUUACGCCAAUACCUCUACUAGUAGAUGUACCUAAUAGUUUAGUGUUUAUCGAAUUUACUCGUACUACUCGCUGACAAGCGAACAAUGAAAGACAAAGCUGUGAGAAUUUUGGUCGUAAUGUAAAAAUGUAAGUUCAUUUAUAUCGUAAGUGAAACGAUAUGCAACAUUAUACCUAACACUUGUUUGUGAGUUUCUUCAUUUGUGAUUGUAGAUAGACGUUUUUGAUAUUUAAAGUAACGUAGAGUAUUGCCGCGUUUUGUUGAAGAGUCGGGCUCACGUUAGCUUGUACUUGCGUUGCUCACAGAGGCGCCUCUCUUACUUCGACGCUCUUCAACAGCCAAUCAAUAACGUAAUUGAUGUAAACAUUUGGUAGUUAAUAUAAUAAAUUAUAACCUACGCGUAUAGCGUCCUAACAUACAUAUUUUAUAUUUAAAAGUGAGCUGUUUAAACUUUAAAUCGUUAGUGAUACUUUUCCUAUGAGAUAUUAUUAUACUUAGUCUUGUACAUACUGUUAUGGAGGCCUUCAUUCGAGUAGUGUAUCGUGUGACUCUUUACACGGAUCGUAGGUAUAUCUCAUGACCAAGUUCUUUCUAAGAAGGGGAAAUGAAUAUCACUAGGUUAUACAUUAAGCCCCGACUGCGGGCUGCUUUUGGAACGAAUAUUUACUAGUAUUAUGGGAACCACUAUUAUGAUAACUAUGUGUUGCAUAUUUUUUCAUGAGUACCUUUAUAUGCCUUCUGUGUGUUGUCAUUGUAAAGGAUUGUUAUCCAACGAUAUAAUUCGUGGUCUGGUUUGUUAGCGUCGAUUACUUGUACGUAAUAUACGUUUUACGUGAGAUAGCAAGGUUUAACAUGGUUUCAGAGCACUCAAAUACCAAGGUACAGACGGCUGGUAAAGUGUAAACAUUCAAUUAUAAAAGGAAGCCUUUCGUAGAGUUUCUUUACAGGUUUUUGAGAUUAUAGAGAUGAUGAUACAUGAUUGCCUUGAAAUUUGUAUUUAUUCCACUUAUGUAAAAUAAGUUGAGAACAGUUUCCCCGUUUCCACAGCAUUCCAUAAAACACUUAUUAUGCCUUUAUGAUGUACAUUAUUCUUUCUUCAAUCGUGAUGACACUCAAGUCGUUACUUAUAAUGCGUAAAUUCAUAAAUAAUAAACGAUGCCACUAUUUCAAUAAUACAUUUUUAGGUAUAAUAUAAAAUUUGCACAGAUUCAUCUAAAUAUAUUUUUAGGUAGGGUUCCGCAUAUGAAAACACAAUUAUAAUUUCUCUUUUAUUUUCUUAUCAAAUUUUCUUUUUCUUCCAUUCUUACUAUAUGUAAACUACAUUCUGUAUGGACUGCAAAAAAUAUUUGCAACGUUCUAAUCCAAAAAAACUGUUGUAUCAUUGUGACAUUAACUUUCCUCGUAUCCCUACAGUUUAAUGUAAGUUAGGAUGAAGACUAAACUUACAAGUCAGCUUACCCCUUGUUACCCAAACACUUUCUUACUUACUUUCAAAAACCUGUUUUGUUUUUCAGUAACAUGUUGACAAGGAACCCUAAAGUAAUCGAACACGCAUUUUCUGUCGCUCGUGAAGAUACUUCAAUAAAAAGUAUAUGAAGAUAGUAUUUUGAUGUAGUUAUAAAACCUUUUUAGACAAACUUCUUCUUUGGGAGUACUUUGUUCGAACACAUUCAAACGUCGAAUACGCAAUCAACAUUUCGAAUUAUCGUGUGACGUUGCUGUUACAUUUAGCCCAUAUUCCUGAGGCCUAUCACCUCCCCUUAAAGCAUGUAUCGUCGUUGUGGAAGAGAGAUGCCAACUACACCAUGUAGCGCGCCAUCCCGCUCCCACAAGUACAACUUUCCUACUUUAAACGGUGGUUAUAGACUCUGUACCUAAACAAACAUUGAAUACCAAUCACAACAUCGUAUCACCGACCGACACACCCUGUGGUCUAUAUAAAUUAACGUUCCUUUAUCGUGUGUACUUAUUAAGAUUAAAAUGUAUUUUAGUCUAAUAAAUUUUAUUGUAUAUUAUGUAAACACGGCAUGUUUAUCGACAGCGGCAUAAUGAGGAAACGUCUAUUAUGGCACGAUGUCUGUUAGGUAUGUAGUCACUAUGAGGUUAAUUAAAUGAUAAAUAGCUAAUGUUGUUUGCUUCUAAUUUAACUUUGAACUUUCCAAGAUUGAGACAUUUAUAUUUCAUGCCCAAUUAUCUUCCUUACUUGUUGUUCAAACAUACGAAUUUGGUUUCUCUGAAAUAAGUGUAAUAUAUGAGGCAGCCAGUAUCGGAAUCAACUAAUAAACAUACCUCUUAUUAAGAGCAUUUAUAGAGUCAUGCAAAAUAAGGUCAUCAUAACAUCCAAACUGCUUUUUUUAAACAAACCAUGAUAGACUUUAUUGAUAGUGUCCCUGCUAGAGGCGCCGUAUAAACUAGUAACCAACAAUGUAGGAUUCGAGUUAAAAACACACAUCGAUUAAAGAAUAAUCACUUCCGGAUCAUGAAAUGUUAGGAGACGAUGUCAAAACACACGCGCACGCGCGAUACAUGCCGUCUGUAAUUUUUCGGUAAUCUGAUAAUCUUGAGAGUGAUAAGAUAACAAUGCCUCUGUGGAGGCGAGACAACGCAAUAUACGUUCAUUAUGGUGUCUCGCUUACACAGUUGCAAGUUCUAGAGCUUUUAGAGCAUAGUACAGGCACUGUUAUAGCAUACUUGAUUUGUAUAUUGGGCACGUGGUGCAUAUAUAAUGUCCUCUACCCAAUAUGUAAGUUUCGAGUUCAUGAGUUGCAUAAUAUAAUAAUGAUUAACAGCUGAGGUCUGAGGGUAGUAUAACGACCUUGUGAACUUAUCGUGUGUUGUUUAUAAUACCUGGACUAAAAUAUGCAGAUUUUACUUUUUAUUUAAUUAUGCGGAAGAUUUGGUUGAAUAUGUUAAUUAUUUGUAUACGAUUUCUAUAUUUUAAUCUAUCCAAAACAUGUUAUUUUAAUACCUCAUAGUUAUUACAUACACUUUUAAGUGCAAUAAAUAAUAAAUUAUUAACCCAUACUACGUACGUUUUAGCAGUUUUUCAGAAUAGUAUACCAAGAGAAGUCGUAAUUAUCUUGUCUAUAAGUAGGUAAUUUUAUGAAUUGCGUGCAGCCGCACUAUCUAAUCAAUUACUAUGUAUGUAGAACAAAACUGGAUAUUAUUAUGUAAAUUAUUGAAAAAUUAAAUGGUAAUAAGUAAAACUAGAGUUUUGAGAGCACUCAUUUCAAUGUAAGUCAUGAUACUUAUUUUUGCACUCAAUAAAGUCACUAUUUUAAAUAAAAUUAUUUAAAUCAAGUACACUGAAAGAACAAUAAAUAAAGUACUAUCUAA